AUGGGUUUGAAUCAGCCAAUCACAGCCCGCGGGGGCCCGCUCCGGGAGGAUGGAGGCGCGGGUGGAGGGGGGGGCCGCCACCCGAGGGCCCCCGCCCGGUCAGGGAGGCGGGUGCGGCGACUGGGCCUGCUCCCAACGGCGCGGCGGGGGAGGAAGUGUCAGUUUGUGAACCUGCCGCGGGCCCGGGCCAGGCCCGGCGGGGCAGGACCUUGCAGCGCCCGGCAGCCAGGUGGCAGGGAGAAGGCAGAGAUUUGGACCGCACACCCUGCCCAGCGCCUGUGCGCUGUGCCCUGGAGAGGAGGGAGGAAUUGGGAGGGGGAGGGGGGGAGCGGUGGAGGGAAGAGGAUGCGGCCGCGCCACCAUCUGGAGACUGAAGACACCAGCAAUGCCCUGCGUGCCCCGGGGCCCUUGACAUGCACACACAUGUGCUCCGCUUCCUAUACUCACCGCCACGAGGCUGUGGGCAUCAAACACCGGCUCACAGGAGCACACACGCACUCACACGGAAAUAACACACACGACUGUCUCCCUGUAAUCUACAGGUAA